GAAUUAACUACAGGAUACAACUUACCUCCCUUGAUUAAUGUUGCUAUGGAGAACGCCAUCGGAAAUACUUACCUCGCUUGAAGAACAGUAAUUAUCCGCUAUGGCAAAGGUGGCGGCUGAGAUUUUUGAACUGCCACCUUUACCAGGACCCACGAGUGGUCGUUGGGUAUGGCGGGAUGGAGAUGGAGGACGACCAUCGUUGGAAUUCAUUAGUAACAAUGCUAAUGCAGACAGACAGGACAAAAGAAGGAAAGCAAAAGAGCAUGGCAGGGGUAGAGGAGACAGAGUGGCAUCCAGUGUGGCUCGAGGACAGGGUCUGGGGCGGGGCAGGGGGCAGGCUCGCCCCAACACCACCAAGUCUCCACAUCCAUCUAAGAAAGACACCACGGACAAUCCGUACAUCACUCUGGAGAAUGUCAAAGUUGUAGCAUUUGAGAGAAUGACGGAGGCAGAUCAGUCUCUUGUUCCCGAGUCAUUCGACAGUCUACGAGGGACCAAGCAGUUUGACACUUUCCUCAUGUAUCUCCUGAGCUACUUCAACUGUUUCUUUGAGAAAAUGAACCAAGAAAACAAGAAGAAUCCCAUGUAUAUAGAGCCUAGCCUAUCCGAGAAGAUGGCGUACGCGGAUGCCUGUGCGAGACUGGACGUUGCCCAGCGUCUGCUAGGACAGUCCUACUGUGUGCUGGUGUUGGGGCUCGGCCUGGAGGAUCAGCAUCACAUGGGCUGUGGACAGUCUAGAGUUUCCUCCACGUAUAAAGAUCGCUCAAUGUUUGAGAGAUUUUAUGUAUAUUGUACAUAUAUUGUUUGGAUCACAUUUCGGAGGAAAGAGUUUGCCAUUGUCAAGAAAGAGAUUGGAAGAAUGUUGCGAUCUGACACGUUUAAUCCAGCAAUUCGAGUGAAGUAUGCACCAGAAGAGUCAAAGGAAGAACAGAAGCCAGACAAGGAUGUGAAGGUGCAAGACAAAAUACAGGAGAGGAUAGAGGAGAAGAAGCUGACCCCAGCAGAGUAUCGGCGCCUGCAUCCGAGGAGACCUGCCAUCAAAUCAAUCAUUAAUCAACGGUCCCCUGCUGUGAUAUCUAUACUACCAUCUCCCAAGGAGCAAUCCCACUGGCUGUUUAAGAGAGCAAGGCCUGUCUCUCCCAACUCACUUGGGCGGAGGGACCAUGAUGAAGAGGAGGAGGAGGAAGAGCAAGAAAUGAUACGGUCUCUGACCAUCAACACAGUCAAGUUGAAGAUUGGAAUCAUUGGGGAAGCUUCCAGUGGAUUCAACAAGGUGACGCUGAUGCCUCUGGGUACCGAGAACGAGGAAGAGGAGGGGGAAGGGGGAGACGGACAACAGAAGGAAAUGUCUGAAGAUGCCAAUGCAGACAAGAGCCAGACUGCAGAUCGAGGCAUGAGUCGACAGCAAACGUCUGUUUCUCAUGUGACAACUGAAGUCAAUGAUGAUGAUUAGAUCUGAUGCACCACCAACAUCCAGAGCAUCAUCUGCUCAAAGAAGUAAAACUGGGUCACUAUUGUAUGUUGUGUGUGAGGUUACACAAGUUCAGGACAAGUGAGGGCAGACGUCAGAAGAGCCAGGACAACAAGGCAGCUGCCAUGUGGGCAUGUUUGAUGAUGGUGAUAGAGGUGACACUGUCCAUUGAUCUCAGAUGAAGACUGUCAUCAUAUAUGGGUCAUUUUCACCAUUAU